ACAGGUUCAUAAAAGCUCUGCCUAAUUAAUAUCGUUAGUUCAAAAGAAAAACAAAGAAAAAGUAGUAAAAUACAGAUACGGAGAACCCACAUUUGAGCUGAGGACGGAGAUAUCUAUGAACUGGAAUCCAAACCUUUCGAUUCUACAGAUGGACGGAAAUACUUAGACACCCACAUUGAUUUUCCUCAUCAUUUUUCUCAUCGCCAUCUUUAUCUCUCUUAAAUUUUCCUUUUUUUCCUAUUUGGGUUUCCGUUUUCUUGAAUUUUCAUGUGAAGCAGAGCAAUCGGUACAGCCAAUUUUUGUUUGAGGAAUUAACAAAUGGCGAAUACCACCAUUGCCGCUGGUCCUACAUUUUCAUUGCAACACCGCCGUCAAGUAUUUGGGAGGGUUGGAGUUAGUACUUUACGGCACCAACAAGGACAUACUCUGUUCUUUACGCCAGCAGUGCCUGCUAUAAGGAGGAGAUUUUGUCCAUCUAUAGGCAUAUAUCAGGAUAGGCAAUCAUUCUCUGAUGGAACCUUCAAUAGCGUUAUGUGUUCCAGCAGUGUUGAAGGUGCAGAUAAGGUUUCAACGGAUCAAUCUCGAGUAUUGAGGCUAGGUAACAGGGGCUGCAAACUAAUAGGAUGUGGCUCUGCGGUACCAUCUCUAAAUGUAUCCAAUGAUGAUCUUGCUAAAAUUGUUGAUACUAAUGAUCAGUGGAUAUCUGUUCGGACAGGAAUUCGUAACCGUAGAGUUCUUUCAGGCAAAGACAGCUUAACAGAUCUGGCUGCAGAGGCUGCAAGGAAAGCUCUUGAGAUGGCAGAGGUUGAUCCUGAUGAUGUUGACCUAAUUUUGCUAUGCAGUUCAACUCCCGAGGACCUUUUUGGUAGUGCUUCACAGGUUCAAAGAGCACUUGGCUGCAAAAGCAAUCCAUUGUCUUUCGACAUUACAGCUGCUUGUAGCGGGUUCAUGUUGGGUUUGGUGUCUGCUGCUUGCUAUAUCAGAGGUGGUGGCUUUAAAAAUGUUCUUGUUAUAGGGGCUGAUGCUCUAUCUCGCUAUGUUGACUGGACAGAUAGAGGGACCUGUAUUCUCUUUGGUGAUGCUGCUGGUGCUGUAGUGGUGCAGGCCUGUGAUAUUGGAGAAGAUGGUUUAUUUGGUUUUGACUUGCAUAGUGAUGGUGGAGGUCAAAGGCACUUGAAUGCUUUAAUCAAAGAUAAUGAAACAGAUCAUGCGUUUGGUACAAAUGGUUCGGUUAUUGGAUUUCCGCCAUCAAAUUCCUCUUACUCUUGCAUUCAGAUGAAUGGUAAAGAGGUCUUUAGAUUUGCUGUUCGUGUUGUGCCACAAUCAAUAGAAGCAGCUUUAGAGAAUGCAGGUCUUCCUAGGUCCAAAAUCGAUUGGCUGCUCCUCCACCAGGCAAAUCAAAGGAUUCUUGACGCAGUAGCAACACGUUUGGAGGUGCCACCAGAACAUGUCAUAUCAAAUUUGGCUAAUUAUGGCAAUACGAGUGCUGCAUCGAUACCCUUGGCACUGGAUGAAGCUGUUCGAAGUGGGAAAGUGCAGGCAGGUCAUGUCAUUGCUGCUGCUGGAUUUGGUGCUGGCCUUACGUGGGGCUCUGCAAUACUCAGAUGGGGCUAAAUGCUGCUGUGAAGUUUGGGUCUGGUCUCACAUCUGGAUUCUGCAGUAAUCAAAUAGGGAAGAAACCUCUCAAGCCUCAACAUAUGAAUAGAUCUCAACAUAGAUGGAAAGAAGAAAUGAUAAGGUUGCAUUUCCCUUGUGCCUUUUUUUUUUAUUAGUAGCUGAUUGUGGUGUAGGCUUCAUUGGCAGAAUCCCCUUUUUGUCUCUCUGGUUUUCUUCUGUAUUAUUUUUUCCUAACAUCAAUAAAUUAUCAACAUUUUGUCCCCAUUGAUGUUAAUGUUAACAUUCAGAUUUGGAUCCAA